ACUCGUGUGGACUUCAGUCUCAGUAAGAAACAAUUGGCAAGUGGCUCAAUGGACUCAUGCCUGGUGGUCUGGAAUAUGAAGCCUCAGAUGAGAGGCUUUCUGGGCCAUGAAGAUGCAGUGAUGUGUGUUCAGUUUUCACCUUCUGGUCACCGGGUGGCCUCAGCCUCUGGAGACAAAAGAGUCCAUUUGUGGAUUCCCAGCAUCAAAGGAAAAUCUACUGUGUUCAAGGCUCAUACAGCAACUGUAAGAUCUGUUCAUUUCCCCAGGGAUGGCCAGAACUUAGUUACAGCUUCUGAUGACAAAACAGUCAAAGUGUGGAUGGUUCACAGGCAGAAGUUUCUCUUCUCACUUAGUCAACACACAAACUGGGUUCGCCGUGCCAGAUUCUCUCCUGAUGGACAACUGAUGGUGUCAUCCAGCGACGACAAACCCGUCAGGCUGCAGGAUAAGACCAGCAAAGAAUGCAUCCACUCCUCCUGUGAGCCUGGUGGGUCUGUCAGUCACCUGGACUCCCACCCCAGCGGCGCGUGCAGUGCUGCGGCUGGCACCAGUGAGGCUGUGAACGUGUGGGAUAGGAUGAACAGACUGCUUCAACAUUACAAGGUGCAUACUGAUGUGGUAAGCAGCCUUUCCUUUCACCCCUCUGGAAAUUACCUGGUUACUGCUUCCAAGGAGUCAACUCUUAAGAUCCUGGACUUGCUAGAAGGAAGACUUCUGUAUACUCUUCCUGGUCACCAGGGGCCAGCUACCUGUGUAGUGUUUUUGAGAACUGGAGACUUGCUUGCCCCUGGAGGUUCUGAUGAACAGGUGACGGUGUGGAAGGCUAACUUUGAUGCAGCAGAUGUGCUGGAAACACAGAAGAUUGGCACCAGUGUGGAUGGGGCCUGUCGCACUCUGCAGUCAGAAGCAGAUUGUGGUGCUCAUCUGCAGGAAACAAACCCUCAGGAUUCCCGUGGGAGCCCCGAGCAGCCAGAGAAGAACUGCCUCACAAAUACUGUGCAGCUUCUUAAGGAACAGCUGCUUAUUCUGAGCCUUCCCUUCCUGGAGCAGAGGCUAACGCUUAGCGAAGCCAAGCUGAAGGAAUGUCUGAAGGAAUGUGGGUGA